GCAAGAUAGAACUCUCCGUUUUGUUGCAGCGGGUGGCAUGUCGUCUGAUUCAUCCGAUGACUUUUGCAGAAAAAGGCGCGUAAGCCUUCGAAGUUCACCAGAUGUAUACCCCCAUGCCUGGCGCACAAAUGCUACCGCAGAAGAACUCAGGAGGAUGUAUGGGCACCUGCCAAAUGGAGGAAGAGUCCAGGGAGUGAAGACCCUUGCAGGAAGGUUGGUGGCACAGCGUGACUUUGGAAAGCUCAGAUUCAUGGUCGUUGUCAAUGAAAGCACUUCAAUCCAGAUAGUUUGUGACAGCUCUACUUUGAUCGAUUCCACUCGGAUCAAUCGCAAUGAUGUUGUUGGCGUCGAGGGCGAAGUGGGGAAAACUCGCAAAGGCGAGCUCUCAGUGUUCGCUACAAAGCUGCAAUUGUUGGCCCCAUGUUGGCACAACCUCCCGGUACAGCAAUCCAAAUUGGAUCCGGUAUUGAAAUGCCGCAGAAGGUAUUUGGAUUUGAUGACAAAUGUUUCUUCUCAGCUGAAGUUCAAGAAGCGAGCUGAGAUCAUCACCUCCAUCCGGAAGUAUUUGAAACAGCGAGGCUUCCACGAAGUCGAAACCCCUAUUCUUUGUACUACCGGUGUUGCCAGCGCACAGGCUGUCAAGACGAGAUCGAAUGAGCUGAACAUGGACUUGUCACUCAGAACUGAGCCGGAAGUGUUUUUGAAGAUGCUCCUGGUCGGUGGAUUUGAUCGGAUUUUUGAGCUGGGCCGCUGCUUCCGCAACGCAUCUGUGGAUGCAGAUCCCGAGCACACAACUUGUGAGCUCUACAUGGCUUACCAUGACUACAACGAUCUCAUGUGCCUUGUGGAGGACUUAUUCUCCAGCCUUGUCCUUCACUUCAAUGGAAGCUACCAGCUGGAGUAUCACCCUGAUGGAUGUGGAGACUCACAUCUUCCAGUGCUCUUGGAUUUCACUCCUCCAUGGCCUCGAGUCUCCAUUGUCGAAGAGGUUGAGGGUUUGGCAGAAAGGCAGAUCCCACGUGAUUUCAACUCGGAGGAAUGCAACGAAGUUCUGGAGGAUAUUGCCUUUACAAACAAUGUGCAGUGUUCAGAGCCACGCACACCGCACCGCUUGUUGAAGAAGCUCUUUGAGAGCAUGAAGUUGCACCAUUUGCUCAAUCCAACCUUUGUUAUUGAUCCACCCAUGGAAGCUUCAAUGGCCAAAGAGCACCGUAGCAAGCAAGGCCGAGCAGAACGCUUUGAUUUAAUCAUAUCAGGAAAAGAGAUUAGCAAUGGCUACUCUGAGCAGAACGAUCCACAUGCUCAGCGAGCGGCUUUUGAUCAACUGAAGGAGGUGGGCGUCGAGGAUUUUUUGGAUGCCCUUGAGCACGGGCUUCCACCUUCUGCUGGCCUGGGUUUCAGUGUUGACCGCUUGAUCAUGCUUCUUGUGAAUGCGAACCAAAUGAAGGAGGUGAUAUUGUUCCCGCACAUCAAUCAGAGGGUGACAGGAGGCUGCUCGGAGUAUUACUUUCCACCAAAAGUGCCGCAAGAGCGCCUUGCAGAGCUUGUGGAAGCUGACAUGCCCUUUGUGAUCUCGCCAUGCUCACAGGUCUCUAUCGACCCGCAGGUGUUCCAUGUUUUGCCGGGCUUGCAGGUCCUGCUAGCCUGAGCCUCAACUUGCUGUUCACUUAUGCCGCUUGUUCCAUGUUUUGGAUGUUUGCGCAACCUUGCAAGACUCCUCACACUCCUUGGCUCCUGGUUUUUGUAAACGUGUUGUUGUAGCUCUUUGUUUUCAGUUUGCUCAAGAUCUUCAGUAUUCAUAGCUCAGCCUCCUGCCAGCGCACACACACUUUGCAGUUGACUCAAUUCCCACGUUGAGAAGGAAGGUGAAGGAACGGCAUGGUGAAAGGUCCAAAGACUUGAAGGUGUUUUAACAUUGAAGUGUUCUUGUUUUGGGCUUUGAGAAUGCAGACCGAGAUGCGGCGGUCGAAGAGGUUUUUUGGCAAGUUUGCAAGAAACCAUGUGAUAGCGGAAUCAGGAAACAGCGCUUGGAGCUUUGGUGCCGGUUAGCUUCCCUCAUGGCUACAGGGAAUAAGGCUCCCUUGCAGUCAGUGCAAUCCUUGCACAAACGUGCGCAGAAAGGCCAAAUCACGCAGAUUUCUCCAAUAGUUGAUCUGGUGAAUGCUCUUUCCUUGAAGCACGUGGUUUGCGGGAGUGGCUUUGAUUUGAAGGCUUUGCCAGGCGAUCUAAUGCUGCGGGUUUGCACAAAUGCCGAUCAUUUCCUGGCCAUGGAUGCCUUGUCAAUGUCUCCUGAAAGAGUUAACGCGGGAGAAGUGGCGUACACAACUACUCCAACCAGCAGUGGUAAUGUGCUCAAGCGACACCUAUCGCACAAGCAGUCAAAGCUGGGUGCAAUUGGACCUGAGACCCAAGAUGCACUUUUGCUGUUUGAGAUGCCAGCAGAACUUGUCGAGGCGGUUUUGAAAGAUUUGGCUAACGACGUUAAGAAGCUGCCGAAGAUAUUGAUGAGUUCACCUGAAAGGCGCAAGAGAGGACAAAACGAGGCGAAGAUUUGCAUGUAUCCUUUGAGCUCCAGCCACCCCAUAGUUCACCUGCCAACAGUUCCGAUUGUAUGCUGAAGUGGGCUUGCAGUGCAAGUGAUGGAAGAGUCGUAGCUCAUGUGUCCUGUGUCCUACGAUAGAGUUUGAAUAUGAAGAUGCCUUCCUGAAGCAGGUGGCAAACCUUUGUUUGAGACACUGUGCAAGAAAAAGGUGAGACUUGCAGGACCCAAACCGAACCUUGACCGACAUUGACAGCGCACUUUAUCGCUUGAAAAGUUGCCUUUGCAAUUUUGAGAGCAACUGUUUUGCGUGUGAGAUCAAGUCUCUCGGCGCAGCUAGUUCUUUUUUCUAUCCUUUCAGCGUGACCUCAAAGGCGAUGAGACGCCUCAGAGUGAAGUGGUCAAAAUGGCCAGUGAUGUUUUGCGCGUGCGCAAUAAGUGCCUUAGAGCCACACCCUGAGUGCUUGUUCGCUCGAGCAGUUGCAAAGCGCGCAGCCGGGCCUCACAUUCUCCAGCUCUACUACUUGAACUGUGGCGCUGGGUUGCGCAUCUUGGAGGGG